AUGUCUCCCGGAGUGGUGCCGACCACAGAUGUAAUACAUAACACAAACGGGAAUACCGAUUCAAUAAUACCGGAUAUUGUUGAUGCGAUUAAGGCGUGCCCGGUAGAACACGAUUUGAAAGCGAAUUUGGAUAGUGAUGUUGGGUUGAAGAUUGUAAAAUUGGAGAAGAAGCAGCCGCGCAGGGUCAUUAGGCCAAAGGUGCUGAAGAACCACGAGUCGAGAGAGUAUCUUUAUGAUCGGCUGUAUGACUCAACAUGCCCGAGAGUGUCCACGUUAUGCAACGAAAAAACAUGCCUUGGCAGUUUGAUGGCAAUACCAGGUCGCGGAGACGUGCCGAGGGAGCCCGAAGAAGUCCUAAACGAUGCCAAGGAUUUCCUUGGACAGUACUUCGCUUCAAUACGAAGAGCGAACACUCCUGCGCAUGAGGCUCGUUGGAAAGCUGUGCAGGAAGAAGUUGCAAAAUCAGGAACAUACCAGUUAACCACCACUGAGCUGGUCUUUGGAGCUAAAUUGGCUUGGAGGAACGCUAGCCGAUGCAUUGGGAGGAUACAGUGGUCAAAGUUACAGGUUUUCGACUGCCGGCAAGUGACAACGACAAGUGGCAUGUUUGAAGCGCUGUGCAACCACAUUAAGUAUAGCACAAAUAAAGGAAAUAUUAGGUCAGCAAUAACACUAUUCCCUCAAAGGACAGAUGGAAAACACGAUUACAGAAUAUGGAACAGUCAGCUCAUCAGUUACGCAGGAUAUAGGCAGCCAGAUGGUACAGUUCUUGGCGACCCCAUGCACUGUGAAUUUACAGAGUUAUGUUUAAAACUUGGCUGGAAACCAACAAAGACAGCGUGGGACAUUCUGCCCCUGGUACUGUCUGCGAACGGGAAAGAUCCAGACUAUUUCGAGAUACCGAGAGAACUUGUUAUGGAGAUUCACAUGACGCAUCCUUUGUACGAUUGGUUCGAAGAACUCGAGCUGCGCUGGUACGCCUUGCCGGCUGUGUCGAGCAUGAGAUUCGAUUGUGGAGGCAUCGAGUUCACAGCCAACGCCUUCAACGGCUGGUACAUGAGCACUGAAAUUGGAUGCCGAAACUUCUGUGACACUAAUCGGCUGAAUAUGUUGGAGAAAGUGGCUGAAAAAAUGGGCUUGGACACAAGGACUCCAGUCAAUCUGUGGAAGGACAAAGCCUUGGUGGAGGUGAACGUGGCUGUUCUGCACAGCUUUCAGCAGCAAAACGCGACCAUUGUUGACCAUCAUACGGCGUCUGAGAGCUUCAUUAAACACUUGGAUAAUGAAAAUAGACUACGCUCUGGCUGUCCAGCUGAUUGGAUAUGGAUUGUGCCACCAAUGUCCUCUUCAAUCACUCCGGUGUUUCAUCAAGAGAUGGCGUUAUAUUAUUUGAGACCUUCUUAUGAAUACCAGGAGCCGGCAUGGAAAACGCAUCAAUGGCAGAAGUCAAAGCCGAUUACCGGGAAGCGGCCUAUCAAUAGAAAGUUCCACUUUAAGCAGAUCGCGCGCGCCGUCAAGUUCACCUCAAAACUGUUUGGUCGGGCGCUCUCUAAGAGGAUUAAGGCGACGGUCUUGUAUGCCACGGAGACUGGCAAGUCGGAGCAAUACGCGAAGGAGCUGGGAGUUAUAUUUGGACACGCGUUUAAUGCUCAGGUGCAUUGUAUGAUGGAUUAUGACAUCACAUGUAUUGAGCACGAAGCCCUAUUGUUAGUGGUUACUUCUACUUUUGGUAAUGGCGACCCCCCGGAGAAUGGUGUGGCAUUUGCCGAAAAUCUCUGUGAGCUUUUGUACGCUGAUCAGGUCGGUGAUGACAGUACUGGGACGUCGCAAAAUAUGUUAACACCGAAGUCAUUUAUUAAAGCGAACAGUCAAAUUGAGCUGCAGAGAUAUGCAGCCGCAAAUCCAAAGCAACUAAGUCGUCUGGAAUCUUUAAAAGGAAGUGCAACAGACGCUACAUCGAUCGAUAGUUUCGGCCCACUUAGCAAUGUGCGUUUUGCCGUAUUUGCAUUAGGAUCUAGCGCAUAUCCAAACUUCUGUAACUUUGGCAAAUAUGUGGAUAAGCUGCUGGGUGAUCUGGGUGGAGAGCGAAUUCACGAUGUGGCCAUGGGCGAUGAAAUGUGUGGCCAGGAUCAGGCCUUUAGGAAGUGGGCAUCUAGUGUCUUCAAUGUGGCGUGCGAAACAUUUUGUUUGGAUGACGAUGAAACAUUACAAGAAGCCAAGCGGGCUCUAGGCACUGUCACUUUAAGCGAAGAGACGGUUAGAUUUGCAUACCCAGCUGGGAAACCACCAACCUUGUUAAACGGCUUACAAUCGGCACUGAAUAGACAGCUUAUUACGUGCGCAGUUAGAGCUAAUAAAGACCUCGGAGAUUCCAGUGCAGAGCGGUCGACUAUAUUUAUUGAUAUGGAACCAAAGAGUGAAAUUAAAUAUGACCCCGGAGACCACGUCGGGAUAAUAGCUUGCAACCGAAAAGACCUGGUGGAUAACUUAUUAGCUAGGUUGAAAGAUAUUGGCGAAUUUGACACACCUGUCCAAUUACAACUUAUGAAAGAAACGCAUACAUCUAGUGGGCCAGUCAAGUCAUGGGAAUCGCACGAGAGGUUGCCAGCUGUAAGCGUCCGGGAUUUGUUUACAAGAUUUUUGGAUAUAACAACACCGCCAACGACGAUCCUCUUGCAGUAUUUAGCUAAAACGUGCGAGAAUGAGAACGAGAGGAAACAACUCAAUACAUUGGCUACGGAUCCAGCCAGUUAUGAAGAUUGGCGACACUACUACUUCCCAACGCUCUCUGAAGUUCUAGAUCAGUUUCCUUCGGCGAAGCCAAGAGCGUCGUUACUUGCAGCCUUACUAUCACCUUUGCAGCCUAGGUUUUACUCCAUCUCAUCAUCUCCCAUCGCUCAUCCGAAGAGACUACAUCUUACUGUUGCUGUUGUUACAUAUAGAACUCAAGAUGGUGAAGGUCCAGUACACUAUGGUGUUUGUUCCAAUUAUCUCAUGGAUCGUAAACCGGGAGAUGAGGUUUACCUCUUCAUACGAAGCGCUCCAAACUUCCAUUUACCGCAGGAUAUGUCGGUUCCUCUUAUAUUAAUAGGUCCUGGUACUGGGAUAGCACCUUUCAGAGGAUUUUGGCAUCAUCGCAGAGCCUUAUUGAACUCUCGUCCCCGUCCAAAUGCUGGACCCGUAUGGUUGUUCUUUGGUUGUAGAACUAGGACUAUGGACUUAUAUAGAGAGGAAAAAGAACAAGCACUUAAAGACGGAGUUCUUUCUAAAGUAUUUCUGGCUUUAUCGAGAGAAAAGAAUAUUCCAAAGAUGUACGUACAAGAGUUAGCGGAGAAGGAAGGAGCUGAAAUUCAUAAUUUGCUUAUAAAUUCUGGUGCACAUUUCUAUGUCUGCGGUGAUUGUAAAAUGGCUGAAGAUGUCCAUCAGAAACUAAAAGGAAUAAUCAAGAAACAUGGAAACAUGACCGAUGAACAAGCGCAGAACUUCAUGUACAUCUUGAAGGAGGAGAACAGGUAUCAUGAAGACAUAUUUGGAAUUACGCUCCGCACAGCAGAAGUACACAGUGCGUCCCGAGAGUCUGCGAGACGUAAUCGCGUCGCGGCACAACCAUGA